AUGACCCAUUACCACUACUCCGUAGCUCUCCUCAACUACCUGCGCAGCGCCGACCAAUACCUCUACCGCGCAGCCGCUUACAUGCAGCCGGACCCUUCGGCGAGCACGACUUCCGCAGCAAACUUCAAUACCGGUGCCAACCUGCUCAAGGUCCUCCAGGAAUUGUACAUGGUGAUUUUUGACGAUCUCUUCGAAGUGCGUGGUCGGGAAGACAUACGAUAUGGCUGUAGCGACUACCUCAACCUCCUAUGCAACAUCAUAAACACCUUCAACACCCGCCACGAUAUCCUCUAUUAUUUCCUCGUGAAGUCUUCCUGGGACCUUCCCGAACUGAUUUACCGUGCUCGUUUCGACGACCUCCGUCUGCGCCUGGUCAAGGAGAAAGAGAAGAACGGGGAGUUCUCCUCACUCAUCGGUUCACGUCUCAGGUACCGGGAAACCAACACGACUUCCAAUAACUUGAAGGUCACCAUGGACCGCUACAUAAACCUCUGCGAAGCUGCCGCCGCUAAGGCUGCGUAG